AUGUCGUCGCCAACACGGCGCGCCCAAGUUCCCUGGUCGAGCAUCCCCACCGAGCUCGCGGGCGUCGUGCUCCGCCUCCUGCCUUGCCAUGCCGACCGGGUCCGCUUCGCCGCCGUCUGCAAACAGUGGCGCGCCUCUGCGCGGCAGACCUCUCCGCCCCCGCACUACCCGUGGCUCGCCUUGCCUGACCGGACAUUCUAUAGCCUGCCGGGCUCCGCCUUCCGGCCGCUGCCGCUCCACCUCGACCGCCACCGGCAGCUGCCGCACGCGCAGAGCUCCUGCGGCGAGUGGCUCGUGUUUGAGCGCUACGACGGCGCCUAUACUCUGGUCAGCCCCUUCUCCAUGUCCACCACCAUCCUGCUCCCCGGCCUCUCCGACACGUACGCCCCCAACGUGCCUCUCCUCAUCGCGAACGACCAUGUUGAAGUCAAGUCCCGUGCUGCAAGUAUUUUUCAGUUUCCUUCAGUGAGCUAG